UUUCGAAAGCAAAGCGGGGCAGGUCAAACGCUGUCAAAUAGUGCCUCGCAGACUCGCAAAGAAAACACAGAGAUGGCGUGGCGUGUUGUCAACUCCUUCAGCGCCCCGGCUAUCGGCGCCGGCGUUUUGCUCAACCGGUCACAUUUACCCGCCGAAGUGGGAACUGCCUUGGUCUCCGGUUCCAUCUUUCGCCGAUCCUCUUCUUCCAACCGCUCCCUGCGCUUGUUUUGCACGGCCAUUCCCCCUCAUUCCUGUGUCAAGGAAGCCAUUCAAACUGAAAAGGCUCCAGCUGCACUGGGCCCAUAUUCUCAAGCAAUCAAAGCCAAGAACCUUUUGUUUGUCUCUGGUGUUCUUGGUCUUGUUCCUGAGACAGGGAAGUUUAUCUCUGACAAUGUUGAAGAACAAACUGAACAGGUUUUAAAAAAUAUGGGGGAAAUUCUUAAGGCUGGUGGGGCAAGCUACUCAUCAGUUGUUAAGACAACAAUUAUGUUGGCUGACUUGAACGACUUCAAGAAAGUAAACGAGAUCUAUGCUAAAUACUUCUCUUCGCCCGCCCCGGCUCGUUCAACAUAUCAAGUAGCUGCCUUGCCACUGGGUGCCAAGAUUGAAAUCGAGUGCAUAGCAGCACUAUGAACAUCAUCUUUUUCAGAUAUGUGGCUUCUUCAUCAGUCUAAGGCUCCAAUAAUGCAGUCCAAGAAUUGGAAGUUUUACUUUGGUUUGUUCCCCUUGAAUGGUGGUGCUGUUACCAUUAUGAAAUAAUUCCUGCUUUUAGCUUUGCAAUUUUGUAUCACUUGUCUUGGGCUAUCUUUUAAUGUCUAUGAUCUAUUACAAAUGAGAUCUUGUUUACCUUGA